ACAUGACAUGAAGUUGAUUGCGAUGUGAAAGAGUUUUGGUUUAAUAAGAAAAUAUCAAAUGAUUUUGAAUUAGACAGAAUGACUAGAGACGACAAACUAUUUUUCCACAAAACAGUUCAGCAUUUAGCAAGAUCCCUAGCUAAUAUUAAAAAUACUCCUUGGAGUAAAGUUCAAACUUUGUUCUCACUUUGUCCUUCUGAUCCACAAAAUGGUACAUUCAUUAUAAAUUGUCGGCAACAAGAUGCUGUAAUUGCUCUUGGCAUUUAUUUUUUGGAAUCUGGGCUCCAACACAAGUGUAUUAUAUUACCAUAUUUACUAAAACUUGUUAAACUGAUUGAAAAAGCACAGUGGCAGGAUGAAAUCAAAUUAAAUCCAACAGAUCGAAUACCUAUAGCAGAAAAGUUUAGUUUUUGUCUUCACACCCUUCUGAGUGACAUAGCAGUAAGAUGCGAAGACGAGAGAAACGAUAUUUUAAAUGUUCAGGUAGACAGCUUAACAUCUCUGACAAACCAAGUACUAAAAAUACAAGAUUCAACCAACAGAAACAGUGCCAGCAAAUUGUUUUUGUGCAAAACAACUUUACCUGUCCUUAUUGGCCUGGCUAGAGCAAUGGGAAGGUUCUGUCUAAAUGACCCCCCUUUAAUUUGUCGAAUUUUUCCUAAACCUGAACCACCUUUGAGUCCAGGAGCUGCAAGGGAAGAAAAUAUACAUAAAAGAAGUUUUAGUAGUUUUAGAAAUAUUAUUCCAAGGAGUUUAUCUGGGAAUCUCCAUGCUACUGUUGAUAUUUUGGCUGUUACUACUGGUGGAUAUGACACUUCAGACGUCGCAUUCAACUCGAGCUCGCUAAAACGAGGCAUGUCGAUCAAACACAAUACAGGCCCUUAUGAUGCGAAAACAUAUUUUUUUAGUAAAUUUGGUUCCAGUUUCAAUCAAUUUCCACAUUUGAGGCUAAAUGAAACAAAUGACAAAAAAACACAAGUAAUAUUUUCCCAACCUCACCUUUCUACCAUUUUAACUCUUAGUAAGAUGCUGUUGACCAAAGAUAUGUUGAGUAUAUUAGACGAGGAAAGCUUAGAAGUAAGUUCAACAGGAAAAAUUCAAAUUUUUCCAUAUAAAACGUUUUCCGAAACUAUAAAUUUAGUCAUGGUGACACUGAUGAGAGAAUUGCUGCAACCACAUAAAGACUUGCCUGUGCCAUUUACUAAAGAUGUUCAGGAGUUUGUUAAAGGACUUUAUUUGAAUGGUCAGACAGAGCUUCAAAGCAGAAAUCAUGAUGCUAGUGAAAAAGAAGAUAGAGAAAAUAAUUAUGCAUUAGUGAAUAAAUUUAAACUUAAUGUCAUGGCAAAUGCAGCUUGUGUGGAAUUACUAGUUUGGGCAAUUGGAGAUGAAACAGGAGCAGAUAGUUUAUGUGGUAGAUUAACAGAAAAAAUAAAUUCAAACCAUGGUUACAGAUUGGUCAUAGCACACAUGCCACUUCUGAUGGUAUGCCUAGAAGGUUUGGGUAAUUUGGCUCAGAAGUUUCCAAACAUAGCUUCAACAUCAAUCUACUGUUUAAGAGAUUUUUUAAUUACUCCAUCUCCGAUUUUAUCAAAAUUACAUCGACAAGCGAACGAAAAAAGCAAUAAAGAACACGUAAAGAUAACAGCACAAGGCAAUCAAUUGAAAGCAGAAUCAUCAAAAGCUCCAUCUCCUAUUCAAACCGCUUUUGAAAGAUUAAGAGAUGCAGCCAUAGAAAAUUUAUGUAUAGCACUUAGUGCUGCCCAUAUUUUAGAUCCUGAUUGUGUAAGGGCAUUAGUAGCUUCAGUUUCAAACAGGUUAUUUACUGCUGAAAAAAGUGAUAGUGAAUCAACUUUGAUUUCAACAAACAUUGUAAUAAUGUUAGGUCACGUAGCGGUUUCCAUGAAAGGAACCCCAAAGACUACAGAUACUAUUCUGCAUUUUUUCCAACAGAGGUUUUGUAGAGUACCUUCAGCUUUGGAUACUUUAAUAGUGGAUCAAUUGGGAUGUAUGAUUAUUUCUCAAUGCGAAGCGCACGUGUAUGAAGUAGUUAUGAAGAUGUUUACAAUGAUAACUGUAGAAAGUGGCAGUACUGCAUAUGGAAAUACAACAAAUGAUAAAACACAAUACAGACAUGUAUCACGACCUGUGAUCAACGCUUUGGCCAAUAUUGCCGAUAAUAUUGCAGGAGAAUCUCAGAUGAAUGAAUUACUUGGACGACUUUUAGAACUUUUUGUACAAUUAGGACUGGAAGGCAAAAGAGCAAGUGACAAAUCUCCAGGCGCUUUGAAAGCUUCCAGUUCCGCCGGAAAUUUGGGAGUAUUGAUACCAGUAAUAGCGGUGUUAAUGAGACGUCUACCACCCAUAAAAAAUCCCAAACCUCGAAUCCAUAAACUAUUUCGAGAUUUUUGGUUGUACUGUGUCAUUAUGGGAUUUACAGCAUCCGAUUCAGGUCUCUGGCCUCAAGAAUGGUAUGAAAGUGUAAAAGAAAUAGCUGUAAAAUCACCUACUUUAAUAUCAUUUAUGUCUAGUAGAUCUGAAAUGCGUGAAUUACAAAUUACUAGUGCAGUUAGAAAUGAGAGCGUAUCUAUCAAUGAAUUACAUGAAUUAAGAACACAAAUUUUGGAUUUAUUGAAACAUCCUGCAGAUAUAACCGCAUAUGUCAAUAAAUUAUCUUUUGCUCAAUGCACAUUUUUGUUGAGUGUCUAUUGGGUAGAAACCUUAAGGGUUGCUCAUUCUGGCGAGCCCAGCUUAGUUCCAAUUAUUGCAGAUUAUUUAAGUGAUUCCGCAUUACAGAAAGACAAAGCUGGAAUGUGGAAUUGUGUUCAAUCUGUUAGCGAAAGGGUUUUUGAAAAAUUCUUAGAAGUAAUGAAAGACAGACCCAAAAACGAAUCUAGAGAGUUGGAUUUAGAAGAACACGCCCAGUUCUUGUUGGUAAAUUUCAACCAUCAACAUAAGCAAAUUAGAAGAGUUUCUGAUAAAUUUUUGGCCAGUUUGAUUGAUAAGUUUCCACAUCUUUUGUGGAGUAGAAGAGUGCUUUGGACAUUGUUGGAUAUCAUGCAAGUAUUGUCACGUUCUCUAGAAAUAGAUCCUAAUCAAGAAACACCAACGUUAAGGAUACCACAAACUCGAUAUACUAUUCAACUCAUGGAUACUUUGGAAGCAAGAGAGACUAUUGUAAAAGAUUUUGCUGCUAAUGCUGAACGUAUAAUAAAAGAAGCAUUAAAAUGGACUCCUCAUUGGACAAGAUCUCAUCUUCAAGAGUAUAUAAAUCAAAUACCUGUAGAUGGAAUGUGGCACCACACUGGUUUGUCUAUGGCUCUAGAAUCGAUCCUUCAAUGGGGCCCUCCAAAUAUACAAAGUGCAUACUUGACUUCGAGCAUCCUCGAAAAGAGACCCAAAUGUGUUAAAAGUGAUUCUUCAAAAUUGCUUACAGUUUCUUCAAUGAGAUCUAGAUACAUCGGAGAGGUGAUUGGUAUGGAAUUUGGAAAGGACAAAAAUCUUUUAGUAAAUGAAAUCAUGAAUCGUGUGUGGACAGCCUGUAAAGAAAGAUCGGACAAUCUACAUAGGGAUGCUUUGUGGCAAGCUACAGCAUUACUUAUAUCUACUAGAGAUUUGAAUCGAAGUUUGUUACAUUGCAUAGCAUGGUCUCAGGUGGAGCUAUUUACAGUAGAAGCCAUGAGAACUGCUGUAGAAUGUUGGCAAUGGUUAAUAACUGCAAGACCAGAACUGGAGAUUAGAUUUUUACAAGAAAUGGUUGCAGCUUGGAUAUGUACUGUUCAAAAGAAACUUGGCUUGUUCUCUGUUGCUAGACCUCAAACUAGUCCAUUAGCCGCAUAUGAAGGUUGCCGUUUGGAACCGGAUCCACCUUUUGUAAAACCACAUGCUAUUUGGGUUCAAUUUAUUUGCGAAUUAGUAGAAACAAUAAAAUAUAGUAGUUAUGAAAAAGUUGAAAUGAUAAGCAGUUUGAUACAUCAUUCAUUAACUAUGAACGUCGGUGCUGAUCCUCCAUCUCAGACUAGACAUAUUUCAGCAAUUGGAGUUAGAUUCAAACUUCUCUCCUGUGGUUUGUCAUUAUUGCAAGGGGAUAUUUUGCCUAAGAGUUUAGGGAAGAACGUACUUAGAGAACGAAUUUAUUGUAGUUGCUUGGAUUAUUUUUGUAAACCAGUCACGUGUCCAUCACAGGAACCUGCAGAUUUAAGAGAAGAUAUAUCUACACUAAUAAAAUUUUGGCAAACUUUACAUUCCGAUAAAAAGUACCUUAAAGCUAGUGAUGUAGGAGAGGUUGAAUUCACACCUAACGUGACUACUACAGCACAAGGCAAUGAAUUAUCAAAACCCAACGACUUCAACAAAGUCCCAACUGGGUGGAUUAACACUGUACCUCUUUCAAGCAGUAGUACUACUUUAAGUAGAAGAUCGGCUAAAUCGGCUAAACGAAUGCCAGUUGCUGAUAAUUUUGUUAAAUGUUAUCUAAAAAAGAGAAAUCUUAUUUUGGAAUUAUUGGCUGUGGAGAUCGAAUUCCUUAUAGUUUGGCAUAAUCCAGGACUUAGACCUGAAAUUCAAAUAACGGGUGAAGAAAAUGUUGCUUUUUGGAGAGCUAAAACAAUUACUGAAAAACAGUGGCACGAUUAUACACGUUUGGCUUGGGAUAUAUCACCUGUUUUAGCUGUUUUUCUACCAAAAAGGUUUAGAAUGAACGAUGCUAUUAUAAACGAAGUAAAAAACUUGGUACAAAUGAAUCCAACAGCAGUUGCUCAUGUUGCCGAAGCCCUACAAUAUUUAGUUACCACUGAAUCUAUUUUAAGUGAUAGUCCCAAGUUAGUAAAUAUGCUCACUUGGGCCCGUAUUUCCCCUAUACAGGCGUUGGCAUUCUUCAGUCGACAAUUUCCAUCCCAUCCAAUAUCUGCACAGUAUGCCGUAAGAGUGCUAAGUUCGUAUCCUGCCGACGCAGUAUUAUUUUACAUUCCACAACUUGUACAAGCUCUUAGACAUGACAAAAUGGGUUAUGCGACUGAAUUCAUUAAAUAUAUAGCUAAAAAAUCACAAAUAGUUGCCCAUCAACUGAUAUGGAACAUGAAAACCAACAUGUUUGUAGAUGAAGAUAUGCAACAGAAAGACCCUGCCAUCUAUGAAAUUUUAGAAUCUCUAGUAAACAGUAUUGUUAGUGAACUUUCUGGUCCAGCGAAACUGUUCUAUGAAAGAGAAUUUGACUUUUUCGAUAAAAUCACAAAUAUUUCUGGAGAAAUUCGCCCGUUCCCUAAAGGUAUCGAACGAAAGAGAGCAUGUCUAGAAGCUUUGAGUAAAAUAAAAGUUCAACCUGGAUGUUACUUACCCAGCAAUCCCGAAGCUAUGGUUAUCGAUAUAGAUUAUAAAAGUGGUACUCCUAUGCAAAGUGCGGCUAAAGCUCCUUACUUAGCUAGAUUUAAAGUUGCUAAAUGUGGUAUAAAUGAAUUAGAAAAUAUAGCAAUGGAUGUAUCAACAAAUCAGAUUAGGGAACAAAGUCUUGGUCCGGAAAUGUGGCAGGCUGCAAUAUUUAAAGUCGGCGAUGAUGUAAGACAAGAUAUGUUAGCUUUACAAGUUAUUGGAAUAUUCAAAAAUAUUUUUCAAACUGUCGGCUUAGAAUUGUAUUUGUUUCCUUACAGGGUUGUCGCUACGGCUCCAGGGUGUGGUGUUAUAGAAUGCGUUCCAAAUGCAAAAUCUAGAGAUCAGUUAGGGAGACAAACAGAUAUAGGAAUGUACGAGUAUUUUUUAAAAAAAUAUGGAGAUGAAAGUACUAAAGAUUUCCAAAAUGCUAGGAGAAAUUUUAUUAUAUCAAUGGCUGCAUACAGUGUCAUUGGUUUCUUAUUACAGAUUAAAGAUAGACACAACGGGAAUAUUAUGUUGGAUACUGAUGGACACAUUAUACAUAUUGAUUUUGGAUUUAUGUUUGAAUCCUCUCCUGGUGGAAAUCUCGGUUUUGAACCUGAUAUUAAAUUGACAGACGAAAUGGUAAUGAUUAUGGGUGGUAAAAUGGAAGCUCCUCCAUUUAAAUGGUUUUCUGAUUUGUGUGUUCAAGCGUACCUAGCAGUGAGGCCUCAAUGUGAAGCUAUCAUAUCUUUGGUAUCUCUAAUGUUAGAUACUGGCCUACCAUGUUUUAGAGGACAAACCAUUAAAUUACUCCGUGGUCGUUUUAGCCCCGGAGCUACAGAUAAAGAAGCUGCAAAUUAUAUGUUACAGAUAAUCAGGAACAGUUUCCUUAAUUUCAGGACACGUACUUACGACAUGAUACAGUAUUAUCAAAAUCAAAUUCCAUAUUAGAUAAUAGUUUUAUUAUUCUUCAGAAGUCUAUGGGUAGUAAUAUAAGUAUAAAUAGAACAAGAAAAUUUGUAAGAUAUCCGGAAAGUGAAAAUCUUUAUUUAUGAGAAAAAAAUUGAUGAAAUUUCUUAUAAAACAUCAGUUCCUACAAAAUUAAGAAACUAAGUAGCAUAGAGAGUAUCUUACAAAUUUUGUGAAUAACUAGACCUAAAUAUAGUUAUAAAAAAUGUGCAGUAUAUGAAAUUAAUUCUCUAUUUUUCAACUAUAACUUUUUAUUGAAUAUUACAUCACGAAUUUAUUUUUGAACUGUAACUCUAAUAUAUGUUACGGUAAAAGUAAUAAAUUUGGUGAUUAUACAUAAUCACCACUGAAUUUGGUAAAUAUGACAAAAUAUUUAUUAAAUUUACGGGUUAGUUUAUAAAAUCUCCAACUUUACGAAAAUUCAUUCAGUUUGCUCAACUACUUGACACAUGACAACCACGUGAUUACAGAAGUAGCUGGUAUGCUAGAGCGUUUUAAUUCCAAAUUAUUUAAUAUUAUGGAUACUAAGAAAACAAACAGUGGUUAGGUUAGGUUGAGUAGUAACUACACAAAAAAAACCUGUACUCUAUUCUGCUGGCUCAAUAAGCAGAGUUCGUUGAUCUAAAUCUGAUGUUAUAUCUGAUCAUCCAUCAGUGUUAAAAAUGAUGUUAUGCUUAUAAAAAGCGUAGCUUCUGGUAUGAAAUUUACUUCAAUUAUAUUUUAUGAUGCUGUUUAAGAUCUGUAUUACUUUUGCGGAUAUAAAGUAAUGAAUAAUUAUAAAUAAGUCAUUAUAUUUAUCACAUUUACUAUUACGACUUGGAUAUUUCCCAAAUUUAGUGGUGAUUAUGAUGUCCAAAUGUAAAAAAAGUGGCAAGCUUAUUAAUUCUAAAACAGUCUUAAUAUGUCUAAAAAAGUAAACUUACAUGUAAAUGCAAAUAUAUUAUUUUUUCCUAUAGAAUAUGGGUUUGGUUUAUUUCUACAGAAAAAUCCGAAUUUAUCUCAAUCCCCAUUACAAGUUGGGGAUUUUAUAAAAUACUAAAUGGUAAAUUUGAUAAAUAUGAAAUAAUUUAUCAAAUUUACCAAAUUCACAGGUAAUUUUAUAUAAUCACCAAUUUAUCAUUUUUACUGAAACAUAUGUAUAAGAUAAUUCAUUCAAUAAUUAUGUAGCAAAAAAAUGUAAUAUUCUAUAAAAUGUGGUUAAAAAUAAAAUUUAAUUUCAUUAAUUGUACACAAUGUAUAAAUUCUAAUUAAAUGUUUAAUUUUAAAUUGAAUUUCUUAUUGUACUUGAAACUAAAUGUAUAUAAAUGAAAAAGAAAUAAUACUGUGAUAGAUACAGAGAACAUUUACAUAAAUAUUCUGGAUUGAAACUUGUUAUUAUAUCAAUUGUUAUGUAUUUAAUUUGAAUAGUUGUUUCUAUUGAUGUUGAAUAUCUAAUUAUCAUGUUCCUUUGUGCAUGCAGCCAAAUUUUAUUUCUAAUGUAUUACCAUGGUCAUUAACCUGAGACAAUAGUUGCUUUCUUUUUGAAUGAAAUCUCAGAUAAUUUGAACUUAUUUAAGUGUAGCUUAUUGAAUUCUACAUCCCAUUUAAUAUUACUCAAAUCAGAUGAAUUGAGAUAUUUACAUCCCAUCUUACCAAUGCAGCACCAACUUUUGUUUUACGGAAAUAACUCAGUUCAGUUUUUUGACGAGUUAUUGAAAAAUUUUAGGGUAUAUUUACUUGAUUUUGAUUAGUGUUUAGUGAUUAACAUCGUCGUUAAUAUUUGCGAAUUUAUUUUAAUUUUGUAUGUGCAUUUUGGGUUAGAAUACAAUAAACUGAUUGAAUGUCUCAGUUUGUCAUCCCAUUUGACCCACCACAUCAAAGAGUUAGUUAUUUGAUGGGCAGCGAUAUGGAAUUUUCAUGUGCCUCUCCGCUCGCAAAUUUGUAACACGAGCGAUUAGUUACGGCAACGCCGGUAUAUUGGCGUAUUUUGUCAACAUAGUUUCUAAUUCUGUGCUUGUGCUGUCAAUUAAACGCCGACCUAAAACUAUUUUUUUAUAGUAGCAGUUUAUGAGUUGAGAAAUAGAGCAGCAUGAGUGCAGUUAAUGCAUCCAAUUAUACCAGGUACAUUAUAUUUUAAAGAGAAUCUCAAACAUUUCAAAUUUAUAUUCAACUGAAAAUAAAUCGUAAUUAUUCCCUUACUUUCUUCUAAUAUCAAUUAACUCAGGAGUUGUUUGGGGGAAUUUUUGAAUGCAUCCAUUAUUUCCUGUCUAUUGAAUACCUCAAUAAUUUUGUGAUUGCUCGACUCAGUGAUGAGUGGGAUAUACCCAAACAAUAAUUAUUACCUACAUCUUGCUGGUAACUACCAGUACCAAAAAAUUAUUGAGAGUUGGGAACACUGUUUGCAAUAAAAAAUUGCUGCGGUUAUUUUUCCAUCAACUUCAUGCUACUUAAUGAACUUUCUUAUCCAAAUUUUAGUUUAAUUAUUUUCAAUUGCUUUAAUUUUCUCAUUCAAUAAUUUUUUUCUUCAAAUUUAUGAUGCUUGUAACGAUUCUAGCUUCAAGACAGUAAUUAACGUCAACUAUAAGAUAUUAAUAUUUUUAUAAUUUUUUAAUAACGACUGUAUUUAUUAAAAAGUUCAAGAUUGAUUCAUAUUUAGCUAUAUUUAGAUAAGGUGGGUUUGUUGUAUAUGUAAUUAACAUGGAAAUGAAGUGUUUUUAUUUUCGUUAAAAAUUUCCGACAUAAUUAUGUAUAUUGUUUUUUAAUUUGUAUCAUUUCAUCAGGAAUUGUUAGCUGAAGGUCACGCGAACGUUCGAUGGCACAGGUACAUUAAAAUAUACAAUUUUCACUAUUAUCCUUUUGUUUUAAAAGUAUUGAAAUUAUCCUUACUUAGUGUACUUGCAUUUUCUACAGAAUUCAGUUCAUUCAAUAAUUCGUAAAUUUAAGAAAAAAAAGUUUAUGAACAACAAAUUAAAUAUCAAUUUCAGAAAUGGAACUCUCCUAUUUCACUUUUUUUAUUCUCAUUGUAUCUUAUCCAUUAUAGUGCCCAGAUAAUUGAUUUUCUUCGUUUAUAAAAAUCCUUUUAUUAUCUUCUACUCUUUGUACUAAUUUUUUGUCAAUUUUUCAAUCAUAUUAAUGCUUAUUUGUUUUUUUUGUGUGUAUAAUUCGCUACACAUUUCUUACAAUUUACAGUGUCUUGUUAACCAAAACAUAAUUAUUAUGGAAUCGAUUAAUAACCUAAGUAAGAGGUAGCUGCAGUUUUCUUUGUAUUCAAGUAUGCUUACAAUCGAUAACUUCUAACUCAAUUAUUGUAUGACUACAAUUCAGAUUUAAUAAAUAUAACAAUGAAAGCACUCAUAAUGCUAUGCAAAAACUAA